GCUUUGGCUGUAAGCACUGUGGCUGCAGAGUGUGGAAGCGCAAAUACGCAGUAAAUGAAGGCAGAUAUCUGAAAAUAUCGAUUGACAGGCAGCAGUUUGAAGAGACUGUCCGAACGCUGAAUAACCUCUAUGCAGAAGCUGAAAAGCUUGGGGGCCAAUCUUACCUUGAAGGGUGUCUCGCCUGCCUGACUGCCUACACCAUCUUCUUGUGCAUGGAGACGCAUUAUGAAAAGGUUCUAAAGAAAAUUGCCAAGUUCAUUCAGGAACAGAAUGAGAAGAUCUAUGCUCCCCAGGGCCUCCUCCUGACAGACCCCAUUGAAAGAGGACUCAGAGUUAUUGAAAUUACCAUUUAUGAAGACAGAGGUAUGACUAGUGGAAGAUAAAACCGUUGGAGUCUCAGCAGAUAGCUCAACAGUGGACUUGCUGUAUCAAAGUUCCCCUACCUCCUACUAAAGAGCAUCAUUCCUUUCUCUGCUGCCAGAUCCACAGUGCCAUCUACUACAAGGACUAACUUCCUAAAACUGCUCCAUGUGGGGUGACCUAGCUGGUCAGCAUCCAUUUUGUGGCAAACUCUUAAGCAAUGAGAUCACUUUUUAGUUGGUUUUUUUUUUUUUUUUUUUUUUUUUUUCACAAGAAAAAGCAGAAGUGGUAAAGCUACGUACUCUUCUGAAAGAAACAGGGCACUUAGCCCAAUAGAAGUCUGGUUUUAGUUACGUAAGUGCAGUGCUGUUCCUCCCUAGUUUUUAAACACUUCUGUACAUCAAUCAGGCUUUGGAGAGCU